AAAAAAAAGUGGCUUUUCACUGCCUCAUGAGAUUACACAAGUUUUCUGGCGACUGAGAAAGAGAGUUGUAAUACUCAUCCUCAAAGAUGUCGCAGAGAGGAGUUUGGCAACUGAAAAAGCUCGUUGUGAGUUACUGCAACUGGGGAGGCAGUAGUAGGGGUGUCAGGGAAUUAAUGGAAAGUAAGUUGCCAGCAUUUAAAGAAAGCAAUCCUCAGUUGGAGGUUGAAACCAAGCACAUUGGUGGUCAGCAUCCGCAUUUGGAAGGAAUAUACAGGAACAAGAACGAGAGAACUGUCUGUGUCAGGAAUAUGACCCCUGAAGAAGUGCUCGAGUGUGCAACUAAAUUAAGGAAUUCGCUUGGAAGAAAGGUGGUGAAGUUGAAGACCAGACAUGUUACUAAACACCCCAGUGUGCAAGGAACAUGGACGACUGCUUUAAAGUUAUGAAAAAAAAGGAGAUUGGCUGUUCCCCACAUUCCUCUGGCAAAGUCGAGAACCCUUUGUGUUCAUCGCUAGUUUUACUAGUAUCGUCGCUGCCCUUUGGUGCCCUUCUAGCCAAUUUAGUGAAAUGGCCUUGCAGGAAGACCUGUGGUUAGGUUUAUCUAUUUUCAUUAUAAUAAACCUUUAAGUUCCCUUUAGCUAUGAAAUAGUAAGAUCAUCUCCAAUGGUGUUGCUAAAAAUGAUUGGCUAAAUUGGACCUAUAUGACAUCAUAUCUGUCGAACCUGUAAAACAUUGUGCUUCAUGGGAGUGGCUAUAUUGAUUGGCUAUAUCUUAAAAAUAGUAUGUAAUUAUUAUUU